AUGGCCGGCGGCGUCAUGAUGAACACGGCUGGUGGAAAGCCAUACCCUGGCAAGCUCACUCUAUACGUCGUCUUCACAUGCGUCGUCGCCUCCACGGGCGGCCUCAUCUUUGGCUAUGACAUCGGCAUCUCAGGCGGCGUCACGUCCAUGGACCCGUUCCUCUUGAAGUUCUUCCCAGAGGUGUACUGGAAGAAGCAGGAGGCGAGCAAGAGCAACCAGUACUGCCGGUACGACAACCAGCUGCUACAGGCCUUCACCUCCUCGCUCUACCUCGCCGCCCUCAUCGCCUCCUUCUUUGCCUCCACCGUCACCCGCGUCCUAGGCCGCAGGUGGUCCAUGUUUGCCGGUGGCUUCGCCUUUCUCGUGGGAGCGGGCCUGAACGGCGCCGCACAGAACAUUGCCAUGCUCAUCGUUGGACGCACAUUGCUCGGAGUCGGCAUCGGAUUCGCCAAUCAGUCUGUGCCGUUGUACAUGUCAGAGAUGGCACCGGCGCGUCUCCGCGGCAUGCUCGGCACCGGUUUCAACCUCAUGAUCACCACCGGCAUCCUGACAGCAGAACUCAUCAACUACGGUACCAACAAGAUCAAAGGUGGCCAUGGUUGGCGCUACCAGGUCCGCGUACUCAUCACCGAUGUCGUCGGUGCCGCGAAUACGGCGUAG